AUGUUAAACCAUACAAAAGGGACCGCAAAGAAGUGGCUCCUGCAAGACUCUAAGGGCGAACGACGCUUGAGUCGAAGUAAAUCUUUGGAUACAUAUAUCGACGAAUUUCAGCGUAUGAGUCGCAGCAAUGAUGUAUCCGAAAAGUACAAGAUGAUUAAAUUCAAAAAGGGCCUGCGCUCGAACCAGAUAAGGGAACUCCUUAAGACCCAGAUACACGAGUCACUGGACGAACUGUUCGAUGCGGCCCGAUCAUUUAACCCUCGCGAUAGCAAUGAGCUCGGUAAAUGUGGCUCGUCUCGGUGUCUCGAGAAGGGACAUACAGAAGACAAGUGUUGGAUGAUGCAUCCGGAGCUGCGUCCGGCAUGGUUUAAAGAUGGAGGAGAAAAGCGACUCGGAGCUGCAUCAGCAGUGGUCGCACAUUGUAACUUGGCUACGACAAGCGACAACGACAAAAUGUGGGAAGUGUUAAAUGCUAUUCAGACGGACCUUGCCAAGAUCAAGUCUGCUUUAAACUAA